AUGUUCGGUCAUUCGAACUCUGCGCGGGCAGUCACCUCACAGACCUCAGGCCUGUCCUCCCUGCGUAGCAAACUCGACUAUGCCUCUGCCAGAAGUUCAGCCUGGGUCUGGGAGUGGACUCCCUUCACACUCGUUUUUUCCUAUUUUGUCGGCUCAACAUGUCUUUACAUGGUGUGUACGGAGAAGCUGAUCGAAGUGUUCUGGUACGUGUACAUGCUCACGAACAUGUACGUCAGCUUCACGACAGUUGUGGAAGCCAUUUUGAGCAUGUCCUUCACUCGAGAUGCACGAGCGAGAGUCACCAAAAUGGCCGCGCUCGACUUCAAGCCUGGGUCGGGACCCUGGCCCACCCCCGACGACCAGCUUCCCAUCCUCGAUCUGAUCAUCGUCGCUUACCUUCCCAACGAGCGCGACAUCAUCAUGGACCGCGUCAACUAUCUUUGCACCCAAAUCGUCUAUCCUGUCGACCGCAUCCGCAUCAACUGCGUAUACAAUACUCCGGUCCCUAUCGAGCCUCUGGAGACCGAGCUCAUUGAUCUACAAGAGGCGUAUCCGCAGCUUCGUGUGAUCAAAGUCCCUGGAAGCAAGUCAAAGGCUGACAACCUCAACUACUUCUUUACCCUCGAUACCGGUGCGGACAUCAUUGCCAUCUUCGAUGCAGACCACUACCCGCAUCCACACAAUCCUCGGUGGGCCGCCGAAAGGUUCAUGGGCGACUCUGAGAUCAACAUUGUACAGGGGCGCUGCAUUAUCUACAACUCGCGCGAUUCGUGGCUGACACGCCUCAUCGCCGUUGAGUUCGACAAAAUCUAUGCAGUAUCGCACCCUGGACGUGCACUCAUGAUGGAUUUCGGUCUUUUCUGUGGAAGCAAUGGUUAUUGGCGGGCUCCAUUAUUGCGAGCGCACAAGAUGCAUGGCGAGAUGCUGACAGAGGACAUUGACUCGGCCUUGCGGGCUGUAAAAAAGAAUGUGAAGGCAGUCCACGAAAUCAACUGUGUCUCUUACGAACUCGCCCCCUCUGAGUUUCAGGGGUUUUGGAAACAGCGACUGAGGUGGGCCCAAGGAUGGGCGCAGGCCAGUCUAGUGCACAUGCCAAUGGUUUGGAGCAAGCCCGAGCAGGGUACUCGGAGCUUUACGAAGCGUUUCGGUGUCUUCUCGCUACUGGCUGUACGAGAGUUGUCGUACUACCUUAUCACACAGUACACCUGCCUCGUGCUCAGCAUGAUCAUUCUGGACUUUCCCAAGACGCCGCUAGCGCUCGCGAGGAUGGUUUUCUUUCCGUAUCCGCUAUCAGUCUGGUUCUUCAUCAUCAGUCUUGUUUGUUUGGUCGGUACGCUGGUCAUCACCUGGCGUGUGCGCUCCGAAUUCGUCAGUGCCUGGAUGAUGAUCGUGUUUUCAGCUUUCUAUCCCUUCUACCUAGUUCUGAUGGGUAUGAUUGGCAUUUACGGACAUGCGCGGCAAGUCGUUGCGUACAACAACUGGAACCCUACGGCUAGAAAGUAG